UUCGUUUUUUGCGAGGUCGGCCUUCCAACUAUAGCUCCCGAUUCUUUUGUUCACUGGUAGCCGAUGCAAAUCUCAACGGCGACUACAGCAUCGCAGAUGAAAUGAAGCGAGCAAGGCAGGAGGCCAGACCAUACAACAUCGAUGUAUCGAAGUUGACUUCUGUGCAAAGAGAGGAAUUGCGACGAAAGUCCAAGUCUAUCCCCCUGGUAGCAGACAAAGAGCCUCUGGAAAUUGUGUUCGAGGAUGACCGGUUUCUGGCCGUGAACAAACCGUCCUAUGUAAAGAUGCAUCCAAGUCAUAGGUUUGAAGGGGGAUCUCUUCUGAACAGGGCCAUAGGGCAUUGCGGAUUUACCCCAUGGUUGUUGCACCGACUAGAUAUGCAUACAACAGGUGUGGUCCUUUUUGCCAAGAAAAAGAAACUUUGUCAUCCGAUCAUGCGACAAUUCAUGGCGGGGCGUGUCGAGAAAGAAUAUUUAUGUGUGGUUGAUGGGUACUCUCCCGAAGCACGGGAUACGACGUUUGCAAUUGAUGCACCAAUCCAAAGACAUACUAUUUCAUUUGUGCGAGAAGUCGGAAGCUCCGGAAAAGAUUCCAAACCAGCAAAAACAGUCUAUACCAUCCUUGACAAGUCGUCUGAAAAGAAGAUGAUGCUUUUGCGUGCAGCUCCGCAGACUGGCAGAACACAUCAGAUAAGGGUACAUGCUAAAGAAUGCUCGCUACCAAUUGUAGGCGAUGAUCUCUACAACGAGAAAGAGUUCAAUAUGUAUGCAUCUUACGAUGAAAUCUCAGCCGCGGCACACAAACCGGAAUUAACUCGAUUCGGGGACAAAAAUCCUCUCCGAAAGGGACUGAAGCUACAUGCCUGGAAAAUUACGUUGCGAGACCCAGAAAGCAACGAACGAAUAAGUUUUUGCGCACCACCACCUGGGCACAUGCAGGAUCUGUUGGAAUGGUCAGGACUGUCUCUGCCCGAGCAAUGA